UCCAGUAGCGAUGCUGGUGUCGGGGUUCCCGGGUUCCCGCUCCCUGUGGGCCGCGCUGGGGGGCUCCGCGCUCUUCCUGCUGCUCGCGCUGCGCUGGCUGAGGAGGAGGUCGGUCCGCCGGGCCAUACUGAGCGCCCGGGAGCGGCGGGGCCGAGCUCUGCACCGCAUGGAGGAGACUGUGUGCAGGUUAUCGGCUCAGCAUCCUGUAGAUGAUCCCGAGAGUAUCCUAUCUCUGUCUUUAAAUGAACUAUCUCAGAAACUGAACGAUGGAUCACUCUCUCCAGAAAUGGUUCUUCAUUGCUUCAUGGGAAAAGCGUUGGAAGUGAACGGUGAGCUGAACUGUGUGGUUGAUUAUCUGUCGGAAUGUGAAGAGCAGCUGGCCGAACUCAGACAUCAAAAAACCAAAGGUCCCUUAUACGGCAUCCCCAUCAGUGUGAAAGAGAACUAUAGCUGCGAGGGGCAUGAUUCCACAUUGGGUUUGCUGAAGCGCGUGAAUCUACCAGCAAGCACAGAUAGCGUUAUUGUACAAGUCUUAAAACGGAAAGGAGCAGUCCCGUUUGUGAAAACGAACGUCCCUCAAUCAUUGCUAAACUAUGACUGCAGUAACCCUCUCUAUGGCCAGACCCUUAAUCCGCUUAACCAUAAGAAGACUCCAGGUGGCUCCUCUGGAGGAGAAGGGGCCCUCAUUGCAGGAGGGGGUUCCAUCCUUGGUAUCGGCUCGGACAUCGGAGGAAGCAUUCGAUUUCCGUCUGUAUUCUGCGGCCUCUGUGGCUUUAAACCCACUGGGAACAGGCUCAGUAAGAAAGGCAUUGUAUCCAGUUCCCCGGGACAGAAAUCAGUUACACCGAUGAGUGGACCGAUUGCUAGGGACGUUGACAGCCUGGUACUGUUUAUGAGAUCAUUGCUGUGCGAAGACAUGUUUGACCUGGACUCUACUGUCCCACCACUUCCGUUCAAUGAGGAGGUGUAUUCCAGCGCCCGUCCUCUUCGCAUUGGAUACUAUGAGACAGACGGUUUUACAAUGGCCACUCCCUCGAUGAGGCGUGCGGUUUUACAGACCAAGGCUCUCCUAGAAGACGCUGGACACAAGCUGGUGCCGUUCACUCCACCAUCAAUGGAGACGGCUGUGUUUGGGCUCACCUUGAAGGGACUGCUGGCAGACGGGGGCUCCACUUUUCUGGAUAACUUUAAAGGGGACCUAGUGGAUCCUAAUUUGAAAUCCCAAGUUACUACAUAUGCAUUGUCAUCACAUCUGAAGAGCUUACUCUCGUUUAUUGUGAAGCCUGUGUUCCCCAGGUUAGCAGCGGUUCUACAGUAUUCACAGGAAAUGAGGUCUGUUAAAACGCUUUGGAAACACCAUAUAGAAGUGGAGACUUACCGUCAGGAAUUUAUAGAGCUGUGGAAAAAGCAAAAGCUGGAUGCUGUACUGUGUCCUAUUCUGGGACCGGCCUUAACCAUUGGAUAUCCUGGAAAAUUGUCAACUGCUGUGUCCUAUGCGAUCCUGUACAAUUUAGUUGACUUUCCCGCUGGGGUGGUGCCUGUCACCAAGGUGACGAAAGAAGACGAGGAAGCCUUGAAGAAUUACGAGGGUCACUAUAAAGAUUUCUGGGAUAAAUUGCUGAAGAAGGGUAUGUCAGACGGCGUGGGUCUUCCCGUGGCUGUGCAAUGUGUGGCUUUACCUUGGCAAGAAGAACAAUGCCUCCGCCUUAUGAAGGAAGUAGAAACUGUAACUCAGAGAAAAGCCAGAUAGUGACCACUAGGCGCACUCGCAAGUACCUUGAAGCCGGGAGCAUGUAGCAACCAUCCUCACAUCACACCUAUAUCGUAACAUUAAAACUAACCCAAUACCCCGGCAUCCUCACAUCACACCUAGAUUGUAACAUUAAAAAUCACCCAAUACCCCGGCAUCGUCACAUCACCCCCAUAUCCUAGCAUUAAAGGGACACUAUAGUCAGCCAGACCACUUCAGCUCAAUAAAGUGGUCUGGGUGCCAGGUCCAUCAGGUUUUAACCCUUCAGAUGCAAACAUAGCAGUUUCAAAGAAACUGCUAUGUUUACAUUUGGGGUUUAGCCAGCCUCUAGUGGCUGUCUUCCGGACAGAAAAGAUAUAACUGGUAUGUGAGCGCUCCAAUUAAUUAUGCAAAUAAACAUAAAAAUCAAAAUAAAAUAAAGUGUAAUAAUGACCAAUAUAGCUGGGAUCACCACAAU